AUGUCGUCACACAAGCCUCCCGAAGCAGUUCGCCGAGAGACGUCUCUGCAAGGCCAGUCGAUGACAGAAAGCCACUGCAUGCUGGCCUUGUCCGAGCGUCUUCAUGAUCCUUUACCCGGGUGUGUCACCGCAUCGAUCGCAGCCCCCUCGGUGACCUCGGGCUCUCCGGCUCAGUUUUGGCCGCAAUUUCACGGCCCCUCUGUUGGGCUUACAACCCAAGCCUCGGCCGUGACAGCUACUACUGAGCCGUACUUCGCCUUCUGUGUGACAUGGGUAGACAAGUAUGGCGCGGAUUCGGCGGCGGCCGGUGCCUCAGCCAUUAAUUUAGACCCAUACAUUGGCGAGUCAAUUGCAGCUAUCUACCCAAUCGGCUUGCCAAGAGAUCUGUUUAUUUCUCUCACGCCAGAGAUGAUACGCGAUACAAUAUGGUUCAUCUUUGCCGGUUGGCUCAUCCCUCGGUGGUUCGCUGCUGUUGCCGUGGUUAUACUGUCCACGGCUCUACUGCCCAUAGUCAGCCUCCUCUGGCAGCGACCAAAGCUGCCGAAGAAUGCACCGGAACUGGUCCGCGGGUGGCCAAUACUCGGCUCGGUCGACUUUUAUCUCCAACGUUGCAAAUUUCUGGAGAAGCAGCACAAAAGGCGUAAAGGGCAACCGUUUAGCUUAUACUACGGACCGCACCUUAUUGUGGGCUUGGUAGGCGAAGCUGGUAGAACGCUCCUAUUCAAUGCACGGCAGUUUGAUGUACGCGCAGGCUAUUCUAUCUUGCUGGCGGCCAGUCCCCAUAUCGAGACGGACAUUGACAACCCGGCACUCAGCCAGGUCAAUAUGUUUAAGAGGAUCCUGACGCGCGAACGGUUGAUUAGCUCAUUACAAAAGCUUCUCGAGGAUACCGAUGCUGUCUUUGGCGGAUUAUCUGAUCGCGAGGCUGUAGUGCCAAUCUUUCCGUUCAUGUACCGCCUCGUCUACAAACUGACGCACCGCACAGGGGGCGUCCAUGAAAUAGCUGAAGACGAAGAGCUUCUAGACUCUACCCUAAAGCAGUUCUCCAGCAUGGAGGAUUGCUCAUUGUUGCAAAUCAUGUUUACCGGCUGGCCGCUACCGUCUAUGCUGUCAAAGUUGUGGGCGGGCUUCAAACUGCACCGGGUGAUUACGGGCUUGAUGAAGGAGCGCCGCAGAACCGGCCGCAAUGAGACGGACGCCCUUCAACUUCUAAUGAACUUGGGUGAGACCGAUCUCGAGAUUGUCAAGUGCGUUAUCGGUAUACUGUUCUCUGGCCUUUUGAACACUGGCGUUAAUUCCGCAUGGCUUCUUUCCUAUCUUGCCAAUGACAGAAUGUGGUACAACAAUGUGCAGGCGGAGGUAGACGCUUUCAUUGCUCGACAUCGCAGGACCGCUGCGGAAUCUGUGCUUGACAUUUUACAGCGUAUACCGUAUCAUGACUGGGACACGCAGCUACCCGUCAUCGACGUCUGCUUGCGGGAGACUCUACGAAUUAACUUGUACGGCCCUGCAAUUCGUAAGAACAUUUCUGAUGAGGAUGUGAUUAUUCCUGGAACCGAUCAAGUUGUCCCGAGCAAAGCAUUUGCGUUUUACGCAAUGGAUGGUGUCCAUCUGGAUGAAUCAAUAUACCCCAACGCUUUCCAUUGGGAGCCAGCUAGACAUCUUCCGGGCAGAGAAGAGGGCACGAAUAAAGCACAUGAAUUCGUUGCCUGGGGCUCUGGUCUACACCCUUGCAGCUCCAAGGUAGGGUACAUUCUCGCGAUACGUCUCGAACACAUGUUAACGCAGUCAGGUCGCAACUCUUGA